AGAAGGGAAGGGAGUUGAGAGAAUUCUGAAAUCGUUCCUCUUUGUUUCUUUCAGAAUACUUUGCGGAACUCAGAGACACAGAUACACCCAAACAACACCAAGAACGAAACUCAGUGGAAACCACACGAAACCCCCAAUUUUUUACACAAAUUACACUCAAUUUCUACACAAUCUACUGCUGCAAACUCUGCUUUUUCCCCAAUUUUUUUAUUGGAUUUGAUUCCCAUUUCUUCUGCCUUGCCUUAUGUUCCUCGCUUAAUCUCUGUUUGUGCGAGAUACGAGAGAGAUCUUGUCCUUCUACAUUGCCCACUCUGUAGCGGACAAGGUAAUCUCGUUCCCCAAUUCCCCUUUCACUUUCUUUUCCAUCCACCCAAAAUCUGCGUUUUCGCGCUGAAUCCCCCUUUUCCAUCGAUACCCUAUAAUCUCCAUAGGGUUUUGACGGAUCGUAACUGGGUGGCUCUCCAUUUUUUCGGGUUUGCACUCAUUAGGGUUUGACGUCGACUAUGGAUUGAAAGUCUGAUUGUGACUGGGACGUCGCGCUUUCUCUAGAAUGGGCUGGAGCUCCGAUCUUUCGUGGGAUUCUGGUUUUACUCCGUACUCUGCCGGCCCUGCGUUUCUGAAACUGUAACGUACCACUAGAAUGAAGUGAGCAAUGAGCUUUGCUGCUCUGAUCAUGGAAGAGGAUUGCACGUUAUAGACUUGUUUUGGCAGUGAUCACUCUCAACCAAUCGAUUUCUUGGAUUACAAGGGAUUUUCGACACUGUAUCAGGUGUUUCGUCUCUAAUUAGGGAGUUCUGUUGGUUUAAAGAGGAGCUAAUAAUUUGCCCAAGAGGAAAAUCAAAAGACUAUUGCGUCCGACCAUUGACAUUUUUCACAAUCCGACCGAUCCGGAGAGCUAAUAUGUGCUAAAUUAGGAGUUCUUUCUAUCCGUGUUUCAGUUGAUUUUGUAAUUCCAUAUUUUGGUUGUCUCUGACAUUCGGGAGCUGGGUUAGAAUUCCUUUAGUCCAGUGGCUGAGCUUAGUAUUUUUAUUUUUAUUUUUUUGAGAAUUUUAGAAGUUUCUCUUGGCCUGUGCUUAUUAUUCCUGCACUUGUGUUUAUAAGUGGGAAGAGGAGGUUUGGGAAUUGCAUCUGCGGGAUUGACUAAGAAGCACAUGGAGGAAUAUUGAAGCUGGAAAGGAAUGCGAGGACAUGGUGCAUGGACAGCAGCUUAGUUUCUUGUUCGUUCCCUUUUCGGAACAGUGCUUCUGGGAAGUAGUUAUAUCAUUUUCGCCUGUGGAAAGAGCUCUUGUAUUUUGUGUAGUUACUCUGUGCAAUGUCUCGCUGCUUUCCAUUUCCGCCACCAGGAUAUGAAAAGAAGUCUAGAGCAGAGGAUGCGGACCUACUAAAAAAGGAGAAGAGCAAAGAGAAAAAGCAUAAAAAGGAGAAGAAAGAGAAAGAGAAGAGAGAGGGUAAAGAAAAAAGAGACAAGGAUAGAAGUGAUGAGAAGCGCCGGGAAAAGAAAGACAAGAAGAAAGACAGGGACAAAAAGAAGGAUAGAGAUAAGAAGGACAAGGAGAAGGAGAAGGAGAAAGCACAUGCCUCUGAGGAGAGUAGACCAUUGGGGGAAACUGGGAGUCAAAAUGGAGAGGAAGUUGUUAGAGUCAAACAUAACAAUGUCCAGGAGGAGAAGAAUGGUGGGCAAUUUGAUUCUUAUGUCGGAAAUAAGAUUAGUCAGAAUGCUUUUCUUUCUAAGGAGACAAAGAACACGACAUUGUUUCCAGAGGUGGGAAGGAGAAUUGAGGACAUUGGAACUACAAAGCUUGAGAAAUUUGCUGUUGCACGGCCUAAAAGGGAUGAUGGAAUGGCCACAGUGGUGGCUAGGAGUUCUGAGACCUUUACUGAAGGCAAGGAACAGAACAAGAACAGGAAAAUUGAUGAAAGAACAUACAAUGGUCAAGGAAUUAGACAUGAGGAAAGAUUUAGUGGAAAUUCUGCAGUCCCGAGUUCUACUGCAACUGCAACUGUUGAAUCUGGAGUUGCAGGAAUGUUUAAAUCAUUGGAUAAAGUUGCCGAGAGAAGGAAAGAAACAAAUGAUAAGAUCAGACCGAAGGAAAGUGAAGGAAAGCAAGGGAGCAAACACAAGGAUAAAGAUAAAGACAAGAAAGGACGAUCAAAUCAUAAAGAGAAGAAAAAAGAAAAGAAAGCGAAGGAGAAGGAGAAGGAGAAGGAGAAGCAGAAGGAGAAGGAGAAGGAGAAGGUGGAAGAGAAGAAUGCCAUGGUAGAUAAAACAAAAGAGAUCAAUAAGGAUAACCUAUUAGGUAGAUAUUCUACAAAUACAAAUACAUCACAACUUCCUGACAGCAAUAUAGGUGCUGCAGUUGAGGAAAAACUAAUUAAGAAACGGAAGGAUUUUGAGCCCAAUGGAAUCUUGCAUGCAAUUGACAACAGAUCCAGUAAGUUGUUGAGGCCCACUGCUCAUCCAUUGAAGGAAAAUGGUAGGAUACUGAAACCGUGCGUGACCUCCAUCCUGCCUCCUUCAGAAAGUCAGGCUGUGGCAAAUGACCUUAUUCCGGGUAGUAAAGAACGCAAGAUUAAUGGCAUUAUUGAAGCUCACCACCACCUGCCUGCCUCUUCGAAACAUGUGUCUAGCGGACAAGAUGAUCAACCUCAACCUACUGUAGUACAUAAGAAAUCACCCCAUCCAGAUUCCAAGUACUUGAGCCAGGUAUAUUCAGUACCCAAAAUGGAGGAAUUGUCAGAUUCUGAUAGCCAAGAAUGGUUAUUUAGCAGCAAUACUUCCCAAGCGAUGAAGCCCAAGUUGGAAGAUACAGAGGGCGAGGAAACGCGGCAGGUAUGGGCCGACGCGAUGCAGAUAGAAUCAGCUGACGUUUAUGCUCUGCCUUAUGUUAUUCCAUACUGAUGAUGCUUGGGCAUGAUUUUUACCAACUUGGCUCCACUGGACUGGAGGUAAAUCCCACCUUAGAAUCGUGUCGGAGUGGCGAUCCACAGACAGCCAUCUCUCGAUAUGGAAUCCGAUUCCGUUCUUCCACUGCAUUCUUGCUUGGUUCUGGCAACUGGGGCUGGACAUGUGAUUUUGAUCAUCUUGCUGUCAAAUUGUUGACUGGAACUGGCAUCUGACAUGCACUCUGGAAUGCUUCUUGAUCCAUUGAGGAGUGGAGGGCUAGAUAUGGAGGUGGUUUUUGGCUUAGGACAUUAAAUAACUAAUUCAUUGAAAUGAGAAAAUUCAUAAAGGCAAACUCUGAGAGGAUUGCCUGCCAGAGAAGAGAGAGAGAGAGAGAGAGGAGGUGUGAGAGCUUGUGGUAUUUUAUUUAAUUUGCUUGGAGCUGAAAAAAGCACUUUCUAAUUGGGAAUGUGAAAGGAAUUAGAUGUGGUCUUUACAACUCCACCACAAUUUUGAUUUGUAUCAUAGAACUUUUAUUUACAGAAAUGUAAGAUAGAGGGAAAAGGAAAGUAGUGCAAUUCAUUUAUGGGCCUGUGGAUUGAUUAGCAUUCAUAA